AUGGCCCAAGAAAACAAAAAUGAUAAUCCGGAUCGACCAACGCCCACAACCCGACCCGUCGGAGGCACCGAAUACGGCUGGUGCAAAGCUGUCCCCGGCGGCACCGGCUCCACCGUCCUCAGCCUCCUUCUCUCUAAACCUCCUCAAAUCCCUCACCUCCAAAACGCCCUCCACAAACUCCAAAUUUCCCACCCUAUCCUCCGUUCAAAGAUCCACCUCGACACAACCACCAACACAUUCCACUUCGUAACUCCCCCAACUCCCCGCGUCCAAAUCGAACCCUUCGAUCUCCAAUCCACCUCCCAAAUCCUCAAUUCACAAACCAACGGCCACGAUCUCACCGACCUCGACCCAUUCCACGCGCUACUCGAACACGAGAUGAACCGCGACACGUGGCGAGAUAAUCAAUCCCGAGACGCCGACGUCAUGUACGCCAGCACGUACGCGAUUAGCGACAAACGGUUCGCGUUGUUCCUUCGGCUUCACACGUCGGCUUGCGACAGGGCUGCGGCGGUGGCGCUGCUUAAGGAACUGUUGAGGCUUGUCGCUGCUGGAGGUGACGGUGGAGAUGUGGAGGCUGAUAAGGUGAAUCUUGCGAUUGAGGAUCUGAUUCCGGAAGGGAAGAUGAAUAAACCGUUUUGGGCGCGUGGAUUGGACGUGCUUGGUUACUCGCUUAAUGCGUUUAGGUUUUCGAAUUUGAGUUUCGUGAAUGCUGAUUCGCCUCGAAGCUCUAGAAUGGUGAGGCUUCAACUGAGUGCAGAUGAAACCAAGAAUCUGCUUGAUGGAUGCAAAUCAAGAGGAAUUAAACUUUGCACGGCACUUGCUGCAGCUGGAAUGAUUGCUGCAUGGAAAUCCAAGCGCCUUUCUGAUUACGAAUCAGAAAAAUAUGCUGUAGUAACACUCAUUGACUGUCGCCCACUUCUUGAUCCAGUACUUUCCAGCAGCCAUUGUGGAUUUUACCAUUCUGCCAUUUUAAAUACCCAUGAUGUGUGUGGAGAAACCUUAUGGGAGUUGGCAAAGAGAAGUUACACAUCCUUUGAAAAUGCUGUGAACAACAAUAAGCAUUUCACAGAUAUGUCUGACCUCAACUUCCUCAUGUGCAAGGCCAUUGAUAACCCUGGUAUGACACCAUCGUCAUCCCUUAGAACUGCACUGGUCUCUGUAUUUGAUGACCUUGUCAUUGACGAUUCGAAUGAAAUGCACGAAGAGCUUGGAUUGGUAGACUAUUUGGGUUGUGCUUCCGCACACGGCGUUGGCCCGUCCUUAGCCAUAUUUGAUGCUAUAAGGAAUGGAAAGUUGGAUUGUGCUUGUAUAUAUCCUUCACCCCUUCAUUCAAGAGAGCAGAUUCAAGGAUUAGUUGAUCAUAUGAAGAGAAUACUUGUGGAUGGUUGUAACAGGGGAAAACAAUAA